CCCUGUUCCCGCCCCCUCCUCUCAGGCGGGUAAUGAGAAGUGUUUGAGAGUUAAUUUUGGCGCCAUUGUUUCCGUGUGUGUUAAUACCAAAGUCUGACUGGAAAAAUGAGCAGCGGGGACGUUUCAGCAGUCACAAGAGAAAUUUCAAAACUUUAUGCAGACGUGCCACAAUUGCGCAAUAUUUUUUAUAUUACUAGCAAAAUUGGGGAGGGUACAUUUAGUUCUGUAUACUUGGCUAUGGCAAGGUUGAAUUCUGGUGAAGAUAAGAAGUUUGCUUUGAAGCACUUAAUUCCCACAAGUCACCCAGCUCGUAUUGCUGCCGAACUCCAAUGCCUUAUAACAGCUGGGGGCGAAGAUAAUGUCAUGGGAGUCAAGUACUGCUUUAGAAAUAAUGAUCAUGUGGUAAUAGUAAUGCCUUAUUUGGAGCAUGAACCUUUAUCGGAUAUUUUGCAUUCUCUCAGCUUUGAGGAAGUAAAGGAAUAUAUGUUUAAUCUACUUAAAGCUCUUAAACGUAUUCACUACUUCGGAAUUGUACACCGGGACGUUAAGCCAAGUAACUUUUUAUACAACAGGCGGCUAAAACAGUUUGCAUUGGUAGAUUUUGGAUUGGCUCAAGGAACAGCUGGCACAAAAAUAGAACUUCUUAAAGCACUUCAGAUGAAAAAACAGGAAAGUUGCUCUCAAAAUAAACUGCACACAAUAUCAGGAAACAGGGUCCCACAGAAUAUACUGCUAUCUAGAGAACUAGCUCAUCCAUCAGCAUCAAAACAUUCUGUUAAAAAAUAUUGGUCAUAUUCAGAAACAGAGAUAAACCCAGGAAAAGACGGAAAGGAAGGAUUUCUUGGCCAGUCUACCCAGAGGUCUGUGUUUGGAGAGAGGAAUUUUAAUGUUCAUAGUAUAAUUAACCAAGGCAACACCACUGUAAAUUGCGUAAAACAGUCUAAAUUGAUGGAUGUUACAUCUAGAAAACUGGCAACAAGAAAAGCUGUUCCUUCGAAAAACCCUAGCAGUAGUGUGGCCAGAAAACCUACAAGCACAUGCCCGCCCAACCUGACCUGUGACUGUUAUGGAAGAGAUCAAGUGUGCAAUAUUUGUCUUGCAAGGGCUCGUCAAGUAGCUCCAAGAGCUGGCACUCCAGGAUUUAGAGCUCCUGAAGUUCUCACCAAGUGCCCAAAUCAAACUACUGUGUCAGAGGAGUAUGCCAGUGCUGAGGAUAAGUGUAUGUUUUCCGAGCUAUGUUUAUAUUUUUUUUCCUUAACAGGUAAGAAUGUACUCUGUAGCAAAGAACUUCCUGCCAAAGAUUUACGGGUCUUGUGUGAAGGCUUAAGGAGCAUGAUAGCAAACAGUAUGCCACUUGGUGAAAAGAUGGAUGUUCAACACAAACGGACUGCACUUCAGAUUAAAAUGAUGGCAGAUCAGGAUGGAUGGUUUGCACCACAGUCCCCUGCUGAACCUUUUUUAAAUGCAACAGGAAGUAAAUUAAAUUGCUUUAGUUCAAGAUCUGACCAUAUGGAAAACAAUCAGGUCGAUAUGAAUGGAUGGAAUAAAGUCCCUGAUGAGGCUUAUCAUCUCUUGGACAAACUCCUUGAUAUGAAUCCAGCCACAAGGAUUACUGCAGAGGAAGCUUUGUUACAUCCCCUUUUUAAAAGUAUGAAUUACACUAUUCUUCAUGAUUGACCUCAAAAUAUGAUUGGUGCUAUACAUACAGUUCAUGCCAUCAAUUAUAAAUUUUUAUUGUAAUUUUAAAUCUCAUACAUUUUUAUUGUGUUUUUAUAGUAAAUUAUUGUAGUAAAAUUAUUUUAACGUUCUUAUUUAUUUGGUUGACAACAAUUUGCCGGUUUUGUAAAUAAAAUACAUUAUCAAAAGA